UGAUAUCUGAAAAUCGUAAGAUAUGUUACUGCGCGGCGUUGGUUGUGGGAAUAAUUCUGAUUUGCUACCUUAUUGACGUGAAGCGCGCGUGGUAUAAGAUUAUACUGCAUACAUUUUAUAUUGCGUGUGAUAUGCUGAAACUCCUGAUUAAGUUGGUUGAGCUGUAUUGAUGGAGACUGUAUGAAGGUGUUGUUGCAUGGUGGGGGUAAGGAGAAGGUGCCAACAUGGGGGACAGCUUCCUGCACCUGGGGGACAUCGUGUCCCUUUAUGCGGAGGGCACUGUAUCAGGAUUCCUCAGUACCUUAGGGUUGGUAGAUGACAGGUGCGUGGUCUGUCCAGAGGCCGGGGACCUGACUGAUCCGCCCAAAAAGUUCAGGGACUGCCUGUUCAAGAUAUGCCCUAUGAACCGCUACUCCGCUCAAAAGCAGUUCUGGAAUACUGCCAAGCAGUCAGUCAACUCCAACACAGACACUGGCUUGCUGAAGAGGUUGCACCAUGCCGCUGAGAUCGAGAAGAAGCAGAAUGAGUUGGAGAACAAAAAGCUGUUGGGGACUGUCGUGCAGUACGGCAGCGUUGUACAACUGCUGCACGUCAAGUCCAACAAGUAUCUCACCGUGAACAAACGACUGCCGGCAUUGCUAGAGAAGAACGCAAUGCGCGUCCACUUGGACGCGAAUGGCAAUGAGGGCUCAUGGUUUUAUGUUAUGCCCUUUUACAAACUACGCUCGACUGGGGACAAUGUGGUGGUUGGAGACAAAGUUAUAAUGAACCCCGUGAACGCUGGACAACAAGUCUUACACGUAUCAUCCAAUCACGAGCUGCCUGACAACGCUGGCUGUAUGGAGGUGAACGUCGUGAACUCCUCGACGUCAUGGAAGGUGACUCUGUUCCUGGAGCACAAGGAGAACCAGGAGGAGAUCCUGAAGGGCGGGGACGUGGUCCGGCUGUUCCACGCGGAGCAGGAGAAGUUCCUUACCAUGGACGAGUACCGCAAGCGGCACCACGUGUUCCUCAGGACCACCGGCCGCUCCAGCGCCACGGCCGCGACCAGCAGCAAAGCCCUAUGGGAGUGCGAGGUGGUCCAACACGACCCGUGUCGCGGCGGCGCCGGCCACUGGAACUCAAUAUUCCGGUUCAAACAUCUCGCCACCGGACACUAUCUGGCGGCCGAAGCGUGUAACAGGCCACCAGAUGCAGUAAUAGAAGCUGGUGAGCCGGCGUACCAGCUGGUGUCGGUGCCGCACUCGUCGGAAAUAGCGACUCUGUUCGAGCUGGACCCCACCACCAUGACGCACUCCGACGCUGCCGUGCCCCAGAGCAGCUAUGUCAGGUUACAGCACCUUUGCACGCACACGUGGGUACACUCUACAUCGAUACCUAUCGAUAAGGACGAAGAGAAACCCGUUAUGUCCAAAGUGGGUUGCUCCAUAGUGAAGGAGGACAAGGAAGCGUUCGCGCUGAUAUCGGUGUCCCCGAGCGAGGUGCGCGACCUGGACUUCGCCAACGACGCCUGCAAGGUGCUGUCGGCGCUGUGCUGCAAGCUGGCGCGCGGCCGCAUCGAGCACAACGAGAGGAAGGCAUUGACCUGCCUCCUCCAAGACAUCGUGUACUUUAUAGCGGGCUUCGAGAACGAGCCCAACAAGUCUGAGGCCUUAGACCUAGUGGUCGAGAACCCCAACCGCGACCGACAGAAACUGUUGCGUGAGCAGUAUAUACUGCGACAGCUGUUCAAGAUACUGCAGGGCCCAUUCCAAGAGACUUCGGAGGGCGAGGCGUUCUUGAAGAUAGAGGAGUUGUACGACCCCCGCUACGCCCCCUAUAAGUACAUGUUCAGACUGUGCUACAGAAUACUACGGCUAAGUCAACAGGACUACAGGAAAAACCAAGAAUACAUAGCCAAGCACUUCGGCUUCAUGCAGAAGCAGAUCGGCUACGACAUACUAGCUGAAGACACCAUCACGGCGCUGUUGCACAACAACAGGAAACUUCUAGAAAAACAUAUCACCGCUUCCGAAAUCGAGACUUUUGUUGGCCUCGUCCGCAAGAACAUGAAGACGUGGCAGUCGCGCUUCCUGGACUACCUCAGCGACCUGUGCAUCUCCAACAAGAAGGCCAUCGCCGUGACGCAGGAGCUCAUCUGCAAGUCCGUGCUCAGCGCCACCAACUCCGACAUUCUCAUCGAGACCAGAUUGGUCUCGACAAAAUAUGAAAAAGUGAAACCGAAAGACGGCAAUGACAAAGACAAAUAUGCAGUGGAAGACGAGGUUAUAUUAUUGUGGAAUAACAAAAAGAAUUCCCGACUCCUAUCCGAGCUAGCAGCCGAAGCUCGAGUGAACCCUAACAGUGAAUCGGCGGCCAUCUUGGAUUACUACCGCCACCAGCUGGACCUGUUCUCUAACAUGUGCCUCAACAGACAAUAUCUGGCUCUCAACAGUCUAUCUCCACAGCUGCACAUACAUCUCAUAUUGAAAUGUAUGUCAAACGAGCAACUCCCUUACGAGGUUAGAGCCGCGUUCUGCCGCCUGAUGCUGCACCUGCACGCGGACAGGGACCCGCAGGAGCCCGUCACGCCCGUCAAGUACGCGCGGCUGUGGACCGAAGUCGCCGACAAUAUACACAUACACGAUUAUCAAUGCGUGAAAGGCGGCCCGGACGCGAACAGGGAGAAGGUCAAGGAACAGUUCGCGUCCACCAUCCGCUUCGUGGAGAACUACCUGUGCAACGUGGUGACCAGGACAUGGUACUUCAGCGACCACGACCAGAACAAACUGACCUUUGAGGUCGUCAAGCUGGCCAGGGAGUUGAUAUACUUCGGAUUCUAUAGCUUCAGCGACCUCCUCCGCCUGACGAAGACCCUGCUCAGCAUCCUGGACUGCGUGACCGCCAUGGACCUGCUGAACGAGACCAACGCACUCUCGGGAGAGGUGGAAUCGAACCCUGAGAAGGAGACUCAGAAACAGCCGGAGGGCGGUGUUCUAAGAAGUAUAGGUGACAUGGGCGCGGUCAUGACUUCCAUCACGCUAGGAUCCGUGCCAAGAAACCAAAGCACCGGGGCCUCGGGCGCCGGCGCCGGCGCCGGCAUGCAGCGGUCGGCGUCUGCGCUGAUGCUGGCGAGGGAACACCCGCUAGUGAUGGACACCAAACUGAAGAUCAUCGAGAUAUUACAGUUCAUCUUAGACGUGCGAUUAGAUUACCGCAUCAGUUGCUUACUGUCGAUCUUCAAGAAGGAGUUCGAGCAGGGUGCGGAUAAGACCGCGGACAGCCUCGCGAAGGCCGACGUCGAGGCCAUAGGGCUCCAGGCCGAGGGCAUCUUCAGUUGUCGAGCAAUACAAACGGUUCCAGACAGCUGCCUUCCAAAAAAUGUAGAUUUGGACGGAUUGGACCUGGACGAGUGCGGGGGCCGUAUGGUGCUCCGCGUGUUACUACAGCUGUGUUCGCAAGGCGCCUCGCCCGCGCUCGUGUCCGGGGCCCUGGCGCUGCUGUUCCGCCACUUUAGCCAGAGGCAGGAGGUCUUGGCUGCCUUCAAACAGGUCCAGCUGUUAGUGUCGGACGCCGACGUGGAAUCGUACAAGCAGAUCAAGGCGGACCUGGACCUAUUGAGGCAAAGCGUGGAGAAAUCUGAACUCUGGGUGUUCAAUAAAGGUCGAGCGCUAUUAGAUGAGCAUUCUGGUUCAACAGGUACCAUGGGUCCGGGCGGUGCCAUUUUAGAGAGAAACGCAUCCCUGGACAAUGUUCUAGACACAUCGAGAACAACCAAACACGAUCAUAUGAACGAAUAUAACAAGAUUAAAGAGAUUCUACAACGCAUGAUAAAGUACUGUACACAAGGCAACAGCGGCGGCGGCGAGACCGGCCGCCCUAGGAGACACGAACAACGGCUUUUACGAAACAUUGGUGUUCACAACAUCGUUUUGGAUUUACUUCAGGUGCCUCACGACGAAGACGAUGCAGCCAUGGACGAGCUGUUAGCUUUGGCACACGAGUUCCUGCAACACUUCUGUCUCGGCAACCAGCAGAACCAGGCGAUAUUGCACAAACACCUCGAUCUGUUCCUAAAUGCUGGAAUCCGCGAAGCGCAAACCGUCUGCGCAAUAUUCAAAGACAACGCCACUCUGUGCGCCCACGAAGGCAACGAGAAAGUGGUCGCCCAUUUCGUACACUGCAUGGAGUCCCGCGGUCGAAGACCAGCUUACCUGAGGUUCUUGCAGACGAUCGUGCACGCUGAUGCGCAGUACAUUAGGCGGAGCCAGGACCUGGUGAUGCAGGAGAUGGUGAACGCUGGAGAAGACGUGCUGAUAUUCUACAAUGACAAAGUUUCCUUCAACUACUUCAUAAUGAUGAUGAGGCAGUACAAGCAGACCAAUGAGAUGCCCGAGCCUCUGACAUAUCACAUCCAACUGGUAAAAUUACUGACGUGUUGCACGAUGGGCAAGAACGUGUACACGGAGAUCAAGUGCCAUAGUUUGCUGCCCUUGGAUGAUAUCGUCGCCACGAUCACCCAUCCUGAUUGUAUACCAGAGGUGAAAGAAGCCUACGUAGGCUUUCUGAAUCACUGUUACAUCGACACAGAAGUAGAAAUGAAGGAGAUCUACUCCAGCAAUUAUAUGUGGGACCUGUUCGAGAGGUCCUUCCUGCAGGAUAUGCAGGCUAUCCUCACCGACACCACUGGGUCGUCCUCAUCAUCAAACCCCUCCUGGCAGACGUCGGCCGACAGCCAACGCGCGUGGGUCAAUUACGUGACGGACGUGCUGGUGCAGACUAUAUGCACUUUCUUCAACUCCCCCUUCAGUGACCAGAGCACUACUGUACAGACUCGCCAGUCAAUAUUCGUGAAGCUGCUGCAAACAACGUUCACCAUAUACCAAUGUCCGUGGCUCAGCCCUCCGCAGAAACUCAACAUUGAGAAGUGCAUCAGAACGCUGAGCGAAGUUGCCAAAUCCCGCAGCAUCGCCAUACCGCUGGAGCUGGAGGCUAAAAUACAAACAGUGUUUGAGAAAGCCGCCGCGCUGUCAAGACAGACCAGCAAAUGGCUUCUCGCCUCCAAGACCUCCAAAUUGGAGAAGAAUCCUUCACAGCUGAAUCUCCAAAAUGAUCGUUCAGUGAUGGAAGGCCUGCAAGAAAUAGUCUCGCUGUUGGAAGAGCAGCUGAGACCAUUGCUGCAGGCCGAAUUGUCCCUCCUGGUGGACAUUCUGUACAAACCACAUCUCCUGUUCUCUGGGGGAGGGGAACACGCGGACACUAGCGGCAUAUUUAUAUCCAGACUAAUCCGCCACACAGAGAAGCUUCUAGAAGAGAAGGAGGAAAAACUAUGUGUGAAGGUGUUGCGGACUCUGCGAGAGAUGAUGGCUGCCGACCCCGAGUAUGGAGAGAAGGGCAACCAACUCCGCAGCAAGCUACUCUCGCAGUACUUCGUGAACCGCAAGUCUGAACCCAAGAUACAGCCUCCACUACAUUCUAUAGCCGUCACACACGGCCCUGGUGAAGUCCAUCCGCAUCAAAUCAAGACAGCCAAAGUACUGCUGCGUACUGGACAAACGUUAGCCCAGGUGCAAGCGCACCUGGACAAAGAAGGUGCUUCGGACCUGGUGGUGGACCUGGUCAUCAAGAGCACCAACAGACCAGCCAUCUUCCUAGAGGCCAUACAACUUGGUAUCGCUCUCCUGGAAGGUGGCAACCCCAUAAUACAGAACAGUAUAUUCACAAAGCUGCAAAAUGGAGAAAUCUCGCAGGCAUUCCUCAAGGUGUUCUACGACAAAAUGCGCGAAGCGCAACAGGAAAUUAGAUCUCUAGCUGCCAGCAGCACGGCCGCAACAACGUCGGAGAAACAACGCACCAGUCACACGGAGAAGAAGACGCAAUCUCCUGACAGUGGUCGUCCGGCCGGCCCCCUCGUGGUGGGUGAGGAGAUGGAUGAGGAGGUCGCUAGCGCAUGCGGGUCCGCCGUGCAUGCCUACUCCGACAUACACACCAUGUCUCACGGCACCACGGUUCUCGAAGAAAUAAUGGCCGAGAAGAAGUUGGAGGCUGGCAGCUCCGACGUGCUGCCCGCGAAGGUGGCGGUCAUGAGGCCCAUCCUGCGGUUCCUGCAGCUGCUGUGUGAAAACCACAACCCUGACUUACAAAACCUUUUGCGCAAUCAAAACAACAAGUCAAACUACAACCUAGUAUCCGAGACGCUGAUGUUCCUGGACUGCAUUUGUGGCUCCACGACCGGAGGCCUAGGGCUCCUGGGCCUCUACAUCAACGAGGGCAACGUGGCUCUCAUCAACCAGACCUUGGAGACUCUCACCGAGUACUGCCAGGGUCCCUGCCACGACAACCAGAACUGCAUAGCCACUCACGAAAGCAACGGCCUGGACAUCAUAACCGCUCUCAUCCUAAACGACAUCAACCCACUCGGCAAGACUCGCAUGGACCUGGUUCUGGAGCUGAAGAACAAUGCAUCCAAACUGCUGCUCGCCAUCAUGGAGUCGCGCAAUGACUCCGAGAACAACGCGGAGAGGAUACUGUACAACAUGAACCCUAAACAGCUGGUCGAUGUUGCGUGUUCCGCCUUCCAUCAGGAGCACGCCGUGGACGCGGAUUCUGAUUCUGAAGACGACGCGCCCGUACAAGGCGUGUCUCCCAAGGAAGUGGGCCACAACAUCUACAUCCUAUGCCACCAGCUGGCCAGCCACAAUAAGGAGCUGGCGGCACUCGUAAGAGCUUCACCUUCCGGACAAAAUGCACCUGCGCUGCAAUACUACCGGACUCACACGGCUCAGAUAGAGAUAGUAAGAACCGACCGCAGCAUGGAACAGAUAGUGUUCCCGAUCCCCGAGAUCUGCGAGUAUCUCCCGGCCGAUAGUAAGCACAGAGUGUUGCAGAGCGCGGAGCGGGACGACCAGGGCAGCAAGGUGGCGGACUUCUUUGGCAGGCUAGACAACCUGUUUCACGAGAUGAAGUGGCAAAAGAAGUUACGUGGUCAACCUUUCCUGUUUUGGGUGUCGUCCUACAUGUCUUUGUGGAGUAACAUUCUGUUUAACUUCGCUGUUUUGAUCAACGUUAUAGUCGCAUUUUUUUACCCUUUCCAAGACGAAACGCCCAAGCUGGGCCAGCACCUGUCGCUGGUGGUGUGGUGCGCGUCGGGCGCGGCGGCCGCGCUGGUGGCGUGGCUGCCGCGCUCGUCGGGCGUGCGCGCGCUGCUGGCGAGCGCCAUCGUGCGCCUCAUGUUCUCGCUCGGGCCCGAGCCCACGCUCUGGUGUCUGGCCAUGCUGUGUAUCGUAGUGAAGGGCAUACACCUAGUGAGUAUCAUGGGCAACCAGGGCACGUUGUCCAAGUCGACGUGGCACGUCCUCACCGACCCCGAGCUGCUCUACCACAGCGUCUACCUCGGAUUCUGCUUCCUCGGCAUCUGUUGCCAUCCGUUCUUCUUCUCCGUUCUGUUGUUGGAUAUUGUGUACCGCGAAGAGACACUACUGAACGUGAUGCGAUCAGUGACACGCAACGGGCGGUCCAUCCUUCUGACGGCCGUACUGGCGCUGGUGCUGGUCUACAUGUUCUCCAUCGUCGGAUACAUGUUCUUCCGGGACCACUUCCUCGUCAGCGUGGACAGGCUGGACGAGGACGACGACCCCCGCUUCGACUGGGACAAGUGCGGCGAGCAGCCGGCCUCCAAGUACAUGCAACCUGCGGACGCGGAGAGCUGCGGCCGCCCGCCGCGCUUCGUGUCCGUGGGCGGGGAGCUGCGCGAGCGCAGCUGCGACAGCCUCAUCAUGUGCAUCGUCACCACGCUCAACCAGGGGCUCAGGAACGGGGGCGGCAUUGGGGACAUACUGCGCGCGCCUGCCAGCUUCGAACCGCUGUUCGUGGCGCGCGUGGUGUACGACCUCCUGUUCUUCUUCGUGGUGAUCAUCAUCGUGCUGAACCUGAUAUUCGGCGUCAUCAUCGACACCUUCGCAGACCUCCGCUCCGAGAAGCAGCAGAAAGAACUCAUCCUCAAGAAUACAUGUUUCAUUUGUGGUCUGAACAGAUCAGCAUUCGACAACAAGACCGUCUCAUUCGAGGAACACAUAAAAAGCGAACACAACAUGUGGCACUACCUCUACUUUAUGGUCCUGGUGAGGGUCAAGGACCCCACAGAGUUCACAGGGCCGGAGAGUUAUGUGCAUUCCAUGAUUAAGUCAAACAACCUGGACUGGUUCCCGCGCCUGCGCGCGCUGUCGCUGGUGGGCGGUGGGGAGGGGGAGGGGGGGGAGCUCGAGCUGCGCAACCUCCAGGCGCAGCUCGAGCGUGCGCAGCGCUCCGUCGCCGCGCUCACAGACCUCCUCACCGACCUGAGGGACCAGAUGACAGAACAAAGGAAGCAGAAGCAACGUAUCGGCCUCCUAAACUCAACCUCUGCGUACUUGCAGAACAUGCAAAUGAACCUGCCACCGUGAGCUACACCCACAACUCACCAGGGGGCGCGCGAUAUUACAAUUAGAUAAAAAAAACUUCCUUUGAAUGCUUUACACUUAGGCAGAAAUAAAAUUAAUAACUUAAAUGCAGUGAGAUCAUUAUUUUAAAUUAAAAACAAAGUUGAAUGAAAUGAAAUUAAUCUCAUUUAUUCAUAUCUUAUCAUAUUUUUAAUCGAUUUUUAAAGGGUUUUUAUAUACUGAUACGCUAGCCCUAAUCUUUUCAACUAAAAAUUUAAUAAAUAAUUAAAUGAAGGCAUCAUUCUGAAAUACAAAAUCCAAUUCAUGCCAUUUUAUCUAUGUUUUCAAAAGUAAAGUUUUAAAUCGCGCGUCGUCAAACAGACCAACUUUAUCAUACGCGGUAACCGCACAACUUUAGUUUGUAAAUAUGAAAUAAUAAUGUUUUAUCUCUUUGAUUUCUUUUGGCGAAUGGCUAAAAGCCUAAAAAAUAGUAAAAUAGAUACAAUUUAUUGUAUCUAUUAUUGUACGUUAAAAUGAAAUAGGUAUGUAUACGAGAAAUGAACGUUAGAAAAUAAAUGCUCAUAAAAGCCAAUCAUAAAAUAAAUUUAUAAUAAAAUCGUAUAUAUAGCCUUUUAAAUAUAUAUAUAACGUUGCCAAAAUAAAACAGGGAGCAAUAUAUUUGGAACUUAUACUAGCUCCGAAGCAUGUUUAUCUAUGAUAAUAUGAAAUCAUUGAUUGUUCACCAAAUCCCACGAUUUGGGAUUUAAUAUAUAAUCUUCUAAUAUUAAUUAAAACAUAUCUUUAUGAUAUUCAAGGUCGGCGGUGACCUUAGCCAAGGAUUUGAGAUUUGGGCUGUAUUAGAUGAAUCUAAAGCCUUUAGAAUGUAAUCAGAGUUCAAAUUUCAUCUUUGACAAAACACACAGACAUUAUUUAUGUAUUCUAGAAUGAAUUUAUCUGUUUCUGAUACAGUGUCGAAAAGUUACCAAUGAAAUAUUAGAUAUAAACUUAAAGUUUUUUAAAAUAUAUUUUUAUUAAAUCGUUUCACAAAUCAAAAAUUCUAUAUAUUUUCUUCUUUUAUUGUUUCAUAUAUAAUUUAAAAAUAAAUGCUCUGUAUCAGUCACAGGUAUAUAAACUUGUAAAAUGUAACUUUUGACUUGUGAUUUGAACAAAACGUCAAACGCGUUACUAGUUAUCUAUAUUUAUGAACAAAAUGUAGGUUUGUUUGUAAUGUUGUGUUCAUAGAUUAGUGGCUGUUAAUGGAGGAGCUUACGGGUUAAAAAAUAUUUAAAAACUAUUACCUAUCUUUCUAUUUUUCGUAAAAAAAACUGAAAGUUUUAUAUUCUCAUUCCCUGACCCUAUUAAUUUAUAAGCUAUUUCAUUCGUAUAGGGUAGAAACAAAAUAUAUAAAGUUUCAUAUGUUAUUCUGUAGAAGAUAUAUUUUCCUCAUAUAAAUAUAUCAAGCAAAACUUAUGAAUUAAAAUUAAAUAAAUAUUAUAUAUUAGAAUGUAUAUUUUCUAUCUCCCUUCCUCUUAAGCUUCUCCACUUUAGUAUAAAGUGCAAUGUUUAGAGCUCAAACGUUACCUACCUGUGUAGUUAUAUUUAGACGAGAAAUUGUUUAAAUUCCUCUCUAAGAUGGAAGCUAGCGAAAAUGUUUAAAUUUCUUUAUUAUUCGGUGAUUUGUUGUUAAAUAUGCAAAACCUCGAUGUUUUACUGUUUAAAUUUUUAAAAUGGUUUAUUUAUUUACGUUAUAAGAUUUAAUUUCAAAAAUAAAAGGUUUUGUGUAUCUCCGUUAUAGAAUAUCUAGAUUAAGUUAUCACUUAAUAUGACUUGUGUAAUUUUAUUUACAACCUAGAUGUAAUCGAAAAUGUACGGAUCGAACGAUUUUAUUUUAAACAAUCAGAAUUUAAAGCAUAAAACUUUACAGAUCUGAUGCAAUAGAUCUUAGCUUGUAAUAAUGACAUUGAUUUAGUGAGUGGUAGAAAUUAGUAAACGUACUAAGUCUUCGAACCUACUUAAAAAAGUAAUAUUCUGCGAAUAAAAAGAAUCUCACUCACGAUUACCAUUUUGAAAUAGGAUUUACAAGAUAGUGCCAUUUUACUGUAUACGAAAGCACACACUUCCAAACACUUAUGGCUGCGAGUUGGCUCGCUGAAGCUUGAAUGCCUUCAAUCAAACUUAGCGUGUGCGCUGGGCGAGUGGAAAGCAGCCUUUAUUCAGACAAACAUGCCAAAUAUGAAUCAAUAUCAACUUCGUUAGUUUUGUGUACUUAAAUCUUUAUUAUAUUUUCUAUUUGGUUACUUUAAUUUACCAAUUUUUGUUUAGUUUCUUACAUUCCUCUCCCUUAUAUAUAGAUUAUUUUAUAUAUUUUCUUUAUAGGUUUCAUUUUUCUUGUCUCUUUUAUUGUUUUACAUUUUUAUAUGAAUUUGUCUAUGAUUGUUAUUAUAUUAUAAGGAGCACGAUGUGGUUUUGGUCAAAAAUUAAUUAGUAUCUAAUUCUAUGUAGGAUUUAAAAGUUAAUUUCUAUAGGUGAAUCUACACUGAUUUUGAUCUAUAUUAAUAUGCAUAGAAAUAUGUCGACGACGUCCCUGAAAACACUAUAGGGUUUGGAGUUAAAAUAAUCGACUAAAGUGUAAAUUCAGCUUUAGAUAUCUGACCAAAUUAUAAUGUUUGAUAAGUUAUUUUUAUCUAUAAAUAUAUUUUACUAUCCCCUAACUAUUUACAGCUUAAAAAUCGUUUAAUAGAAAAGUCUAUACUAUUUACCGCACACAUAUACAUACAUUCCUAGAGUUAUUUAUUUAUGAAUGUUCAAUCUAUUUUGGAAUCUAGCUAGUUCGGAAUAAGGUUUGUUUUCGUAGUUUCGUGGGAUAUUACGACGUUGUGUGAUGUUUGUUGUGAUGAAUUAUGCAAUAAAUUGUGUUUUUGUUUAACUAAAAAAUAAAUUUAUGGCACAAA